CAAGGGCUUCUUUUUGCCUUUCUGAUCCAUUCAGAAAUUACUCAUUGCAAAUUCCUGACUUUUCAAGAGGAGGAAAUGCGAUUGCAUGGCUUUCAUUUGCUGCACAUGUGUGUCACAGAGUGGGAAAGAGACUUUUAAACUGGGGAGCUAGUCCAGCCCCAGCGAUGACUUUGUGAGAGCUGGGGUGGGGAGGGGGGGCUGUUUUACACCAGGAAGCUGUGCUGUAUGUUUCCACGCUCAGCUGCUGAGACAGAGAGACACACAGCAAUACAACAGCAGCCGCUUGCCUUUCUCGGUGUGUGGAUCAGCUGUCUCGCUCUCUUUUUUUUUUUUUCCUCCUUUCCGGUGUGUUGUUUUGUGUGUCUUGCGAUGGCUGAAUGAUGGCCCAGUACAACAACUCCACACCACACACCAUGGCUGCCAAAGACGAUCUCUACAGCAAAGUCACCCCCAGAAGGAACAGACAACACCGAACGGGGACAAUCAAACACGGGUCGUCUCUGGAUAUCCUUUUAUCAAUGGGAUUUCCCAAAGCCAGGGCACAAAAAGCACUGGCAUCCACUGGCGGAAGAAGUGUCCAAGCAGCAUGUGACUGGUUGUUCUCUCAUGUGGGGGACCCAUUCCUUGAUGACCCCCUGCCUCGGGAAUAUGUCCUCUACCUGCGCCCCACCGGCCCCUUGGCUCAGAAGCUCUCGGAUUUCUGGCAGCAGUCGAAGCAGAUCUGUGGGAAGAACAAAGCUCAUAACAUCUUCCCACACAUUACUCUUUGCCAGUUCUUCAUGUGCGAAGACAGCAAGAUUGAUGCACUCAACGAAGCCCUGCAGGCCACAGUGAUGCGAUGGAAAUGCAAAUUCCCUGCUCCCCUGCCUUUAGAACUCUACACGUCUUCGAACUUCAUUGGGCUUUUCGUCAAGGAGGACAGCGCUGAGGUCCUCAAGAAGUUUGCGGCGGACUUUGCUACAGAAGCUGCUUCUAAAGUGGAUGUGCAUGUAGAACCCCAUAAGAAACAGCUGCACGUGACAUUGGCCUACCACUUCCAAACCAGCCACUUGCCCACGCUGGAGAAAUUAGCACAGAACAUCGACGUCAAGCUAGGAUGCGACUGGGUCGCCGCAAUCUUCUCUCGAGAUAUAAGAUUUGCUAACCACGAGACACUGCAAGUGAUCUAUCCCUACAUCCCACAGAAUGACGACGAGCUUGAGCUGGUUCCAGGGGAUUUCAUUUUUAUGUCCCCGGUGGAGCAAACCAGCACCAGCGAGGGCUGGAUUUAUGGCACUUCCCUAGCGACCGGCUGUUCUGGGCUGUUGCCUGAGAAUUACAUCACGAAGGCAGACGAGUGCGGGACCUGGGUGUUUCAUGGAUCUUACUCGAUUCUGAGUACCAGUUCUUCCCCAUCCCCUCUAACCUUCAAUGACGGAGCUCUGGAAAGAAGACAGCAAGAAGAUCAAGGACAUGGGGACACAGGGCCACUCACGAUCAUCUGCCAGACAAUGCACCCCCUGAGAGUAACCAGCCAGCCAGGGCUUCAAAAACGAUGUCUUUUUGUCUGCCGGCAUGGGGAGAGAAUGGAUGUUGUGUUUGGAAAGUACUGGUUGUCCCAGUGUUUUGAUGCCAAAGGAAGGUAUAUGCGUACAAACCUGAACAUGCCUCACAGCUUACCUCAAAGAAGUGGUGGUUUCAGGGAUUAUGAAAAAGAUGCACCAAUCACCGUGUUUGGUUGCACACAAGCAAGACUUGUUGGUGAAGCCUUGCUGGAAAGUAACACUGUUAUUGAACAUGUCUACUGUUCCCCGUCACUGCGCUGCGUACAGACAGCACACAAUAUUCUGAAAGGUUUGCAACAAGAAAAUAACCUAAAGAUUCGAGUAGAGCCGGGCUUAUUUGAGUGGACAAAAUGGGUCUCUGGUACCACAUUACCUGCCUGGAUACCCGCAGUGGAUUUAGCUGCAGCCAAUCUGUGUGUUGAUACAACCUACAGACCUCAUAUACCAGUCAGCAAGUUAGUGGUUUCAGAGUCUUAUGACACGUACAUAAGUAGAAGCUAUCAAGUAACGAAAGAAAUCAUAAGUGAAUGCAAAGGCAAAGGAAAUAACAUUUUGAUAGUGGCUCACGCAUCGUCUCUGGAGGCCUGUACUUGUCAACUCCAGGGCCUCUCGCCUCAGAAUUCCAAGGACUUUGUACAGAUGGUCAGAAAGAUUCCAUACUUGGGGUUCUGUUCCUGUGAAGAAUUGGGAGAGACAGGUAUUUGGCAACUAACAGACCCCCCCAUCCUCCCUCUCACACAUGGACCAACUGGAGGCUUUAACUGGCGAGAGACCUUACUACAAGAAUAGGCAAAGCUAAACUUACAAAAACAAAAAAUGGCCUUUCUAAGCAUUGGAGAAUGUCUCUUAUUUCUUGUGUUUAAUGACAGUGGAAAAAAAAUAUUCGUAACAUUUUAGGUGAAUCAUUCACAAAAACAUUCUAGCAUAUCACCUAUAGAGUCACAUUCGUGCAAAAAGUUCUCAUAUGUAAAACUAGGCGAAUAUAAGAAAGGGCUUAAUUGAUGGAAGAAUAUAACUGUAUGUCCAGGCUUCUGCACUGCAGGAAAUGUCUAUGUUAUCUAAGGCUACAUAGCCUGGAUAUAUUUUUCAUCUUGAACUGAACUCAGACAACACCGCCUUCUGCACCAUGUUAGUGACAACUAGGACUUUGUGAAAAUUGUGAAUUUUGGGUCUUUUUCAUUUGCAAACUUUUGCAGAACAAAUAUUUGCAAUUUUGUUCUGGGCUAUGUUGGCACCUUCCCCAUUACUCCCAAAUUUUGCUAAAUAGCAGUUUCGUGUUCCCCCCAAAAUAGCUACACUCAAUGUGUUCCAUAAGAUAUCCUGUCUCAUCUCCAGGAGGACAGGAGUUCUCUAUUCCAAUUAUAGACUAGCAUCAAACUAUUCCUUUUCAUUACCAUAUUAGAUACCUACAUAUUACACAGGUGGGUACGUUGCAGAUGCCUGAGGUAGACUGAAGCACAUGACGUUGAUCUGCAUCAGAACACAAUUUUGAACUUCAAAGCUGUCAGGGGUGAAGUUCUCACAUGAAAAAAUAGGAUCAUUUUUCAGUGAAGAACUGGAGCAAUUUUGCUAAGUGGAAAUGAAAAGAGUACUCCAAAUUUGAAGGUUUUCUUGGCUGAAAUUCACCACUAUGCAGAGGACCAGCAUAAAAUCCUAUGCAUCACUCAAAUCCUGUUUAAGACCUCACAACAGGGCUUUAUAUGAUACUUGGGCCUUUUGCUGAUUUCUCUACACAGAGGUGAAUUUCACCCCUUUGUGAAUAUUUCCCACAGCCCUAGUGAUGUUCUACAGUAAUCAGCCUUCAUCAAGGAUAAUGACAAGGUCAAAAGGAUAUGCUAAUAAUUUAGAUUUAAGGUGGGGGGCGUUGUUGUUUUUGUGGGGGAUUUUGUUUGUUUUUUCCCCUUCAUUUUCUUUACAUUUUAAGUGCCAUCUGUCACGCAUAGAAACCAGAGCUGAGAAAGAAUACACUGUGAUGAAAAAAGCAACACACUGAACCCAAGAAGCUGUUACUUAUGAGGUGAUUUGUUUCAUAUUGAGCUAAAAUCUCAAUCCCAUUAAAGUCAUGAGGAAUUGCCAUAGUAGAUCAGACCCAAUGGUCCUUUUAGUCCGGCAUCCUCUCUGACAGUGGCCAGUAUCAGCUGCUUCAGGAAAAGAUGCAAGGAAGUCUGCAAUGAGCAGUUAUAGGAUAACCUGCCUCUAGGAAAGUUUCUUCCUGACUCACAAUAGUAGGAUGUUGGCUUAUGCCCUAAAGCAUGAGGGUUCCAAAACUAUUUUGUAAAAAUAUUUACUAUUUUAGGCCCCAAUUCAGGAAAACACUAAAGCACAUGCUUAUAUUGAAUAAAUGGGAGUUAAGCACUGUCCUGAAUAGAGUUGUUUUCCUGGCCAUAAUUCAGAAUAUUCUUGUUAUCCAUAUAAAUGUCCAGAUUUGGGCGGGGGUUGGGAGGAAUAAUCCUGUUAAAUGCUAGGCCUGUCAAUAGCAGAAUUCCCAUUGACAUCAGUGGGAUUGGGAUUUGGCCACACAAUCAGUAUAUCACAGUGACCUAAAAUAAGAGAGCCUAAUCUUUCAUAUGUGAUGCAGGUAAAAGGCCCACCAGAUUCAAUGGGAAUUUUGCCCAUGUGGCAACAGCAAGAGCAAAUCUUAAGGGUUUUAAGCUCAGCUUGGUCUAGAACAAUGUUAACUAGUUUAUGAUGUGGACCUUGCCAAGGAAUAUACAGCAGAUUCUGUACAGAAUUUAAGUCAACAAACAGCGCAACUUGUGCAAUAUGACCAUAACUGUCGUCUAUUAUUUGUACAUUUACAAUAUAUGUAAUACAUAGUAGGACAUCAAUAAAUGCAUUAUUAUACCAGGGAUGUAUACUGAAAAGUCAGGGAGAUAACUUAUGCGAUGACAGAAAGAAACUGCCUCAGUAUCUAAACUGCAUCAGUAUCUGUGCAGUUAUAUUGCUGUCAUUUUUUUAUUUUAAUUAUAAUUUAAACUAUUUUUAGCUGUGUACAGACAUUCUGAAGAGUGUUUAUUGCUUGUUUUCCUCCAUGCUUACUUACCACAAACUUGCAAAGGAGUUUAUUUAAUUAAAUGAAUAAACAGACAAUCAAACCAAAAAUAAUUUGGGUUUCACUGUAUAUUUAAAUUCCAUUGAUAACUUACUGUUUUGUGCUGCACGCUUUCAAGAGGUUGGGUAACAUAUGCAAUAUGAUGAAAAGCUAUCCAGAUUUGACCAUUGUUAAGCAGCGUUUCAGGAAUUUGUUUAGACAGUAGCUGGUAAUAGGUAUGGAACAAAACCUGUAUGCAUAGACUGUUGAAUAUUGUAGUAAUUGAUCUUUGCAUAGAGUUAGUAUUCUAAAAAAAAGUGUUCUGUUUGAGAAGGGGAAAAAGGUUGAAACAUUCUCUUCUUAUAAAAGUAUAUUUUUGGAUGUUUGGUAAAGUAUUUUGGCAAUUGUUAUCUGAUCUCACAUUUGAGUUUCAGGUGUCAGGAAUCUCAGAAAAAAAAUCUUGUUUUCUUCCAGUAUUUUGUUGUCUAAGGGUUUUGCAUUAAGGAAACUGGUGCUGAUAAGGUUCUUUGUUAAAAAUGCAUCUUACAUUAUUUAAAUGCAUCACACUGGGAAAACCCUAGAUAUUUUUAAAAUGUUUUUAAUUAGAAUGUUAAAAAAAAAGCAUCACUGCUUAUAUUUUGCUACAUUGCUGCUCAUUAAUGUAUAUUUAACGUAUCUUCAGUGUCUUGUCCCAGGGGAACAUCGGCCUGAUACAGCUGCAAUGAAUGAAAUUCCUUCCCUUGACUUCAUUGCAAUGGUAUUGGGCCUCACCAGUUCAGUCUGGAUCCUUGUGGAGUAACAACGGUUCUUAGAUUCUCAUGCAACCCCUCAGCUAAGGAACAAGGCUGGAAAUCUUGCUAGAACAAAUUGUUCUCGAGAAAUUCCUAGAUUGGGCCUGGUCAGAAAUAACAUGAGAAUUACAGGCAUAUGGCUGGGGUCUAACGUAGCAGUAGAUAAGGGGUGACACCCAGAAGCCACAAGAGGGGGAAAAAGUAGACUAUUUUUACAUCAUUUUUCCAUUUUCUGUUUGAUUUGAUCAAGUGUUUCAGUAGGACUCAAUGGAUGCCUCCCUGAUUUCUUGGGCCCUGAGUCCAGUAUAUCUUUGCCUUUACCUGAAUGUUUUGCCUAUACUCCCUCCCUUAAGUGGAACAGUUUGGGUUGCAACAAUCAUAGACCUGAUCUUGCAAGCUAGGGUGACUAGAUGUCCUGAUAUUAGCUUUGUCUUAUAUAUGCAACUAUACCGCCUCCCCACCCCCAGAAAAAAACAUGUCCCGAUUUGUCACACUUGCUAGCUGAUCACCCUACUGCAAACUCACACAUGCAGGCAUGCCCCUUGCCCUACACAGAGCCCACUGAAGUACACUUCUACCCCAAUAUAACGCGACCCAAUAUAACACGAAUUCGGAUACGACGCGGUAAAGCAGUGCUCCGGGUGGAGGGGGGACUGCACACUCUGGCGGAUCAAAGCAAGUUCGAUAUAACGCGGUUUCACCUAUAACAUUGUAAGAUUUUUUGGCUCCCGAGGACAGCGUUAUAUCGGGGUAGAGGUGUAUAUUAAACCUUGCCUAGAACACUUUAGUCUCUGCCAGACAGGAUGUGCACAGUUCCCGGUGAUUUCAGCAAUGUACCACUUUGUCCACUGUGCAUCGGAUGUGUUGAUGCAGACAUCAGAUGCCACAUUUUCAUGAGUUUCCCUCACUAUCAAUGCACUGGUAGCUCAAUUGCUUAAGUUCCAUAAGUAGUUAUCGGGCUGGGUCCUCAUCCAGUGUAAAUGGAUUUUACUCCAUUGAAAUCAAUGGAGAUAUGUCCAUUUACAUCAGUGGAAGAUGUGGCCCCAUUAUUUCUAGAAUGCGAUGUUUUCCAUUACAAGGAAUCUGAGCAAAUCUAGAACAAAUGGCCAACUGAUGGCUAGAAAGCCUUUUUCUUCUUUUUCCUGUGGAGUUAGUUUCUUCAUUAUUAUUAUUAUUAUUAUUAUUAAAGUGAUAAUCUAUUAUAACCAAAGAGUGAGUUAUUUAAAAAUAGCUCUUUGUGAAGAAAAAAAUAAUUAACCACUUUGCAAAACAAAACAAAAAACAAACCAAAAAAAAAAAAAAAAAGAAGGGAGAAAUGAUUCCAGAGUGGUAUUAUCCUAGUAUAUCAUUUUUAUCAACAGACCUGGCUCCUACAGAUUUUAAUACCAGAAGGACUUUGUUGAAAUCUGUGUAACUGUGUGUACUGCGUGCAUCUAUUUUUAAAGAAGGUUUGGGGAUAUAGUUGUGCAUAGCAUUAUUGUUAACAGUCUUUCCACUAAACUAGCUGUUCGCAUAUUAUAAUGAUAUUUUUCAUUUCAAUUGCAUAGAACUGUUAGGAGCUAAGGGCCUGAUGCCAAGCUCACUGAAGCCACUGGAAAGGCUUUUAAGGACUUCAGGGCUUGGGAUCAGGUGACACAAGACCUGAACCUGCUAAGUACUAUGUGCUCUCAACUGCCAUUGAGUUCAGUGGAAGUUGAGGACACUUUACACAUACCUGGAUUGGCCUUUUGGCCCUGAUUCAGGAAACACAUUUAAGCAUGUGUUUAAAUCCUAUUGACUUUAAUGGACAUUAAGCAGGUACUUAAAAACAUUCCUGAACAGGGACGCACCCCUGAAUUGGGGACCAAACGAAGAUGAAGUCAGAGUAGUUCAGGUCUGUUUUAUUGUGAAAAAAAAAAAUCCUUUGUGCAGUGAAUUGAGGCAUUUGCUGUGAGACCUACCUGCACUACUACAUGAGUAUAUCAUUUAAAAACAGUGAUGAUUGUUCCUUUGAAUUUACACUAAAUAAUGAACAUAAACAUAGAUGAACUGCAGUUCAUUUCAGCAUCCUCUGGAGCAGUGGCAAACUCUAUACACACUACUGUGAACUUUGGUAGCACCCAGAAUUUGCAUUUAAAUUGCAGUCCUGUAGUCGAAGAGGAUGGGAAGAAAAUCUCAAUAGCUCAUGUGUGGGGUAUAGGGAAAACUUAACAUCUGCUUAAGUUAACAUUCAUUUUAACAAGAGAGAUGUAGGAUAUUUGAGUCAGGCAGUUGCCAAAUAAUUUUCACAUUCAAACACAGGACUGAAAAUUGAUUUGCAGUACUUCAAUAUUUAAAACAUAUUGAAAGUCAGUAGGAAAAUGACUGAUUAUAAUGGAAAGUCUAGUGGUAACAAAAAUUGAGUCUAAAUGUAGAGGAAAUCAUUUGAUUCUUAAAUACAUAUGAAAUUAUGCGAAGAGCUGACACAUUUAAAGUGAAUAAUCAAACUGUAAAUGCAAUUGACUGCAUACACUCUAAUAUGCCACUUAGUUGUCACUGCUGCCUCAAAUACCUGAACACAUUUAUUGAUUGAAUAUUUAUGAAAUACACAUGUAAGAGAAUAAAAAAAUAUAUGACCAGAUCCUUUUAACAACUUGUUUUGUUGCCACUAAGAAAGUACUUUCUGAAAUUUCUCUCUGUGGACAGUUCUAAAAACUUGAGGUCAUCAAUGGAUGCAUAUUUUUUUUUCAUUUUUAAGCUGUUGUACUGUUAUGUUUACUAUGUUUUCAGUGUGAUCAGAUUGUAUUUAUUUGAGAAAAACAUUUGACGUUUUAAAAAAACUGUAUUGCCAAAAAAAAAUCGCUGUAAUUACCUGUGACAUCUGUAUUUGUUUUAUUUUAUUUUUUUAAUCUUCUAUUUCAAGUGCUAACAACUGUUGAAACAACCAUGCCAUUUUAAUUUGCUUGUUACAUUAAAUGGAUUUCUCAAAAGUUAAA